AUGGAGGCACUAUCACCGCGAUCAACAAACCAAGUGAUCAAGCCGAAGCCGAUGGAGCGCAAAGUUUUAGACCGCAAUGCUGCAGCUGCAGCUGCAGCUCAAAAAGCUGCCUCUUCAAAGAACCAUGCGCCGCCACCGCCGCCAUUGGUCGCCGAACCUGAAGAAGAUGGGGAGCGAUAUUCGACGGGGGCAUUUCUUGGUAAAGGAGGAUUCGCUAUCUGCUACGAAGGCACUUUAUUACGGAAUAACCGCGUCUUUGCUAUGAAGGUCGUCAGGUCGGAGAUGGCACAGAAAAAAAUGCAAGAGAAGUUUCGCACCGAGCUUCAAAUCCAUUCGAAAAUGCGACACCCUCAUAUCGUCACCUUCCACCGCGCUUUUGCUUUUGAGAAAUGUAUAUAUGUGAUCCUAGAGUUGUGUCCCAAUGGAUCGGUCAUGGAUAUGGUUAAGAAGAGGAGAUCCCUCAGUUUACCGGAGGUGCGGCGCUUCAUGAUACAAUUGUGCGGUGCGGUGAAAUAUUUGCAUAAGCGGAAUGUUGCGCAUCGCGACUUGAAAAUGGGCAAUCUUUUUCUGGACCAGAAUAUGGAUAUUAAAGUUGGAGACUUUGGCCUCGCAGCCAUGAUAAUAUCUGAGAAGGAUGAGAAGAGAAGAAAAACGUUAUGUGGAACGCCAAAUUAUAUAGCACCCGAAGUUCUUGAUAAGAGUAAAGGAGGUCACACACAGAAGGUUGAUAUCUGGUCAUUGGGUGUGAUAUGCUUUGCAAUGCUUACUGGAUACCCACCAUUCCAAUCAAAGACCCAAGAAGAGAUCUAUAAGAAAGUCAGAAGUCUCACCUACGUCUGGCCGAAGGACUCAGAAUGCUUGAACCAUAUUCCAGAAGAAGCCAAGUCGCUUGUUAGCUCUUGUCUUAACCUUGCCGAAAAUGAACGCCCAGAUCCCGAUGACAUUGUCGAGCACCCAUUCUUCCAUAUGUACGAGGGUUGCAUACCCAAAAGACUGGAUCCUGCAUGUUGCCUUGCUAAGCCAGUAUGGUUGAAACCGGACGAACCUCGGGGAGAUCGCAUGAUGUUUGGGUAUAGCUUAGAUUACGACGAGAAGCUGGCGAGUUACAUAGAAUACGUCGAUGAUCUGAACCAGCGGUACCCCAUAUGCAAGGCAGCCUUCUACAGCCUCUGUGGCGUGGGUCGAAAGCCGGAUGGCUCUGCUCGCAGGGCUGCCGGGAAAAACUCUUCCAAAUCUGCGUUUGCUGAAUGCCUAGUGGAGGAGGAGAAAGGCCUGCAGCCAGUGAUUCCGUUGCCCGAAGAUAUUGUUUACAGAUAUCCUCAUGCUCCCGAAGGAGACUGGAGUAUCCCUGAAGCGACUCUAGUAAGUCGUAGGGAUGGCCCUUCACAAGACACCACUCUUCUCUCGUCUAGAAGCACGUUGUCAUUGCGAAGCAGUUCGGUGUCGCUCUCACGGACACAAGCGGCACUUGCUGCAGCCCAGCAGCGGCGCCAAGCGUCGCAGAGCCAUGCUGCCACCCUUCGGCAGCAGGCAUCUAUUGGUCGGGGCUCACUUCGAAAGAUCCCGGCUCUCUGUGAUCCACCGGUUUUGACAGCACCAGCUCUUGCCGAGGUGAGAGAGCUAGCCCUGGAUGUCGCUCCUGUGCCUAGUGGAGGACUUGCCGAGAGGCCUAUCCGCGCGCGACGUGGCGUGUCGGCAUCAGGCUCAGGGCCAAUGCGUGACUCGGAGCGGAAUAUUGCUUCGACAGAGUCUAACACUGGCCACGAAGCCGGUGUUUUGACUGUCGGCAAGACACGUUCGCAGUCCCGACGCUUGGAAGCAGCGAGCCAGGAAUCAGCGGGGCUGCUUAAUGCCAAAGAACGGCCUGCGCCUACAGCUCCAGAGAAGUUGGCGACUAUUUCACGCCAGAGCUCUUUACGUGCCCUAACCAAGACCGGAACCAGAGACGCCCCGAACCGCAAAGAGGCCGGCACUGUGACCGCAAGGGAUGAGUUGGAUGCUCAAAGCCGUCGCUUAGCGGCUGAAGCUCAGGCUGGCCGAUCCGGUAGCAAGACAUCUCCACUGUCUGGAAGUAAACCACGGUCUUCGAUCGGGCUGCACCCUCUUUUCCAUAAGGAUGACUCGUGCGAACUCCUGCCCCGGUCCUCCGUCAUUGACGUCAAUGCCGACCUGCGGCACAUGCUGGCCAAUUUGGUUCCCUAUUCAUCUGCUCGGCGCCGGACAGCCUCGAAGCGUGCACCUCAUACGUAUGUCAUUAAAUGGGUCGACUAUACCAACCGGUACGGAAUUGGGUAUGUCCUGGACGAUGGAAGUGUCGGGUGUGUGUUCAAAUCUGGUAAUGGUCAGCCAGCGAGUGGGGUCGUGAUGCGCGACGGGGAGAAGCACAUUCGGCGCAAAGCCCGGCACCAGGAGAAAAAGGAGAAUGGGACACACGCCUACUCGGAAGCGGGACAGCUUGUCCCUCGCCAUGGACGGCUGGUCGAAUUCUACGAGAAUUGUGACAAUGAGUUGCCUGAGUAUCGUGGUAGUAUUCGCCGCGCCUUUGUCUCCCCUUCCGUGUUUGAACGGGAGAGUUCGUCCAGUUCCUCGUCCGGCCUUGUCUACAAAGCCCGAUUGAAUGCCAGUGUGGAAUGCGCGCGGGCCGACGCUGAAAAGAUCAAACGUGUGAAAUUGGCACACCAAUUUGGCGAAUACAUGAUCGGAUCUCUGGGAAGAAACGAAGCGUAUCUCGAGGAUCAGCUGCCACCGGACCAUCACGGCCAAUUUGUCAAAUUCUACCAACGGUUUGGCAAUGUAGGCGUCUGGGGGUUCGGUGAUGGUGCCUUCCAGUUUAAUUUCCCGGACCAUACCAAGGUCGUCAUUUCGCCUGGACGCACCAGAAGCUCGUCACCAUGGAUUGACUUCUAUCAUCUCUCCCCGUCCGCUGCUCGUUACUUGAGUGCUAAGGGCAAAAUGCACCCAUCUGGUUUCGAUAGCCGAUCGAUGGCAUCCGACGAGGCGGGCACAUUCCUUAGUAUUGCGUACGGCACUGGCACUACUCCCACGGAUAAGCGGCUUCGUGACAUCCUGGAAGCGAAUGCGUUUUUACCGAAGAUUACAUUUAUGAAGACUGUCCUCAAAGGUUGGAUUAAGCUUGGCCGCCUCGGCGAACGACCCUCAGAGCAGCAACCUGUAUCUGAUGGGUUGUUCUGGGAGGGUGCCCAGGAAAGGCCGCAAGCGGGCGGAAGUGGCGGCAGGUUUGUCUGGGUGACUGUCGGAGCACCUGGAGGGGACACCGAAUAUCGGUCCGUUUCUCUGAAGAAGGGCGAGAACGAAGCGGACGGCGAGAUGGAUGCAUUAAGAGAGCGGUUGCGGAGGUUGGGGGUCCCAUCGUAA